AUGGCGUCUGUGAAUGAGGCAGAGAAGGAUAUGAGGGUCGAUAAUGCGCUGAAUGAAUCGGGUGUCCCCGCCACGCGACCAGAGAUGGACCAGCUCGCACACACAAGCAACAUUCAGGCCUCGGUCACUUCGGCAGAGAAUAUGCGUGCAGUCGAGGGUGAGCAGGGACAGGCUGUACAGGGUACCGUGGUGGACGCGAAAGAGGCAGAGCCGCAGUCGUCACCACAGCAGUUGAGCCUUGGACAGGAACAACAAACUCAGCAGUCAGAUUCGAAACCAGAGGCUGGCGGGGCUACAUCGAUAUCACCAGAGGAUGCAGGCCAGUCGAGCAUCGGGGCCUCCGUUGAGGGCCAGCCUUCAGUCUCCUUGUCCCAAUCUACGCCUUCUUCAAACGACGGACCUACCUUACUUCUCAAUAUCCUUCUUACCUCCGGCGGCAAGCAUCCUUUCAAGCUUGACAGCAAAUACCUACGGAAACGAGAGGUUAAUGUUGCUGAUAAUGACCCAUUUGCCAUGUCUGUAUAUACGUUAAAAGAAUUAAUAUGGAGAGAAUGGAGGUCAGACUGGGAAUCUCGUCCAUCCUCACCCGCAGCUAUCCGGCUUAUAUCCUUUGGAAAGCUGUUGGAUGACAAGUCGCCACUCUCAGAAUGUAGAUUCAACCGAGAAGGUCCAAAUGUGGUCCAUAUGACUAUCAAGCCCCAAGAGAUAGUUGACGAAGAAGAUGCAAAAGCCGCCAAAAGCACCCAGAGCCGGGACCAUGAAGAGGGAGAAAGGAGCCCUGGCUGCCGCUGUGUCAUAUUAUAA